UCCGACACCCCCCCCCCCACCAGCCCCCUUCAUUCCCUCCCACUGGUUCUGUAAUUGAUCAACUUGGUGUAAUCAAAUACAUGUACAACACUUGAGAGCUGCCACCGGAGCAACAUAAACUCUUCUGUGCUGGAUUAUAUGGACUGAGAAGUGACCAUGAUCCUGACGGGCCUUCUACUGAUAGUCCUUGGCUCCCUCCUUUCUACUGUAUUGUGUGAGUCCGGCUGUGCGACAAAGAAAUUCUUGCACAAUCUAGAACCUGAAGAAUUAUACGGAUACUUUGGUGCAACAUCUUUCCUUGAAUCCAGUGUAGAACUGGCCGAGGUGACAUGCUCAUGUGAAGGCUCAGAGGUACCAUCUAGAUGUUCAACUUUGCGUUGCACCCUUCAGAGCACAGAGGAGAGAUUUGUCUUCAGGUUCCCUGUUGGACCCAGACCCAUCAUUACAGAACGUGUUGUGAACGCAUCACUGCAGAGGCUCAAACAUUUCCCAGAGGGCUGUGGGGUGCUGGGUUUUGUCCUGUAUCCAGAAGAAACAAAAUCCGUGAUCAGCUACUGUGAAGGAGAACUUCGUGGAUUCAUCAUCGUUGACGGAAACCAGCAUUAUGUACAACCCCUGAAGAAGAAGCAUGUGUUGCAUGUGAAGGAUCAAAAAAGUCCUCAUAUUAUCUCCAGAGUAGGGAAGAUACCUCCUGACAGUGGUGUGCCAAGGCCUGCCCCCCGAAUUAAGAAACGAGCAGUUGGAAGUGUGAAGCAUUUGGAGCUUUUAGUGGUAGUGGGUCAUGAUGUCUACCAGUUCCACCAGGAGGACACUGAACGAUACAUCCUAACCAACCUCAACAUUGGGGUUGAGCUGCUGAGAGACGUCUCACUUGGAACCGCAUUCCGUAUCCAUCUUGUAAAGCUGAUCAUCCUGACUGAACCGGAGGCAGAUAUCCAAAUUAGCACCAACCUCACCUCCUCACUGAUCAGCGUCUGCAAAUGGAGCCAUCUGGUGAACUCUCCAGAUGACUCUGACCCUCAGCAUGCGGACCUUGUUCUCUAUGUGACCAGGUUUGAUCUUGAAUUACCAGAUGGCAACAAGCAGGUGCGAGGCGUCACCCAACUCGGUGGGGCCUGCUCAUCCAUUUGGAGUUGUGUCAUUACCGAGGACACGGGCUUUGACCUGGGGGUAACCAUGGCACAUGAGAUUGGACACAGUUUUGGAAUCAACCAUGAUGGAACAGGGAACAGCUGCAGCAGAAGUGGGAACAUCAUGGCUUCGGAGGGGUACCACAACAGCGUCCAUCUCACCUGGUCUGAAUGCAGUAGGGAACAGUUCCUCAGAUUCCUCAGCAGUGGCAUGGCAAGCUGUGUAGAUGACUUGCCAGCCAUGGAGGGCAGCAUUCCCGGCUGGAAGCCUGGUCUGUAUUAUGGAGCAGAUGAACAGUGUCAGAUUGCCUUCGGCAGCUCUGCCCUGGCCUGCACUUUCUCCAGAAAUGACCUGGAUUCUUGUAGUGUCCUCUCCUGCCACAUAAGUCAACAAGAUCGUACAAGCUGCAACAGACUUCUGGUCCCCCUUCUAGAUGGAACAGAGUGUGGGGAGAACAAGUGGUGCCACAGGGGACAUUGCAGUUCACUCGAAGAGCUGAAUCCUGUUUCUGUGGUGCAUGGAGGAUGGGCCAGUUGGGGGUCUUUCUCCUCAUGUUCCCGCAGCUGUGGUGGAGGAGUCGUGAUGAGGAAAAGACAGUGCAACAAUCCCAGACCUGCAUUUGGUGGACACACCUGUGAGGGUUCCAAUCUACAGGCUGAUAUGUGUAACAUUCAGGCGUGCAGCAACACCCAGAUGGAUUUCAUGAAUGAGCAAUGCUCCGAUACAGACACCAAACCUCUCUAUCUCAGCCCAGGAGUUCCCUCUUUUUACAAGUGGACUUCAGCUGUUGGCUUUGCAGAUGGUAAAGCACUGUGUCAAUACAUGUGUCUAGCCCAGGGGAAGAGGUUCAUUGUCACUCGAGGGAAGAGUUUUGUGGAUGGUACGAGGUGUGAGGCAGAUAAGGCUGAAUUUGGUCUCUGUGUAGCUGGAAGCUGCAGGGUCUUUGGCUGCGAUGGAGUGAUGGGAUCUGGGACGGUGACAGAUAACUGUGGUGUGUGCGGAGGAGAAAACAGCACAUGCACUAAAAUCCAUGGCUCUUUCUCUAAAGGGAAAGCUGGAGAGUAUGUCUCCUUCUUGACUCUUCCUCCAGGCUCCAUGUCUUUAAAAGUGACCAAUCAAAAGCCAAUUUUUACUCAUUUGGGGAUUAAGGUGGACGGUGUGUACUUGGUAGCAGGUAAGGGAAGUAUUUCUCUCAAUGUAACCCACCCAUCAGUCCUGGAGGACAAGGCGAUAGAAUACCGGUUGUUUCUGAACACAGACAAGCUUCCAAAUCUAGAGCAAAUCCAAAUUAAAGGUCCCACCACAGAAGAGAUCGAGAUACAGGUAUACAGGAAAUAUGGGCAGGAAUAUGGAGAUGCCACAAACCCGGACAUCAUUUAUAGAUACUAUAUACCCAUGAAGGACAUCGAGUAUAAAUGGCUCCCUGUACCAGGACCCUGUUCGGCAAGCUGUGACAGGGGUUUAAGCUUAGUGUCCUAUGAAUGUUCUGAACAUGAUUUUGACCAGAUUGUCCAGUCCAGUCUCUGCAAUGAUUCUGCACGCCCCAGUUCUUUUUACGAAGCUUGUGGGGUAGAUCCAUGUCCUCCCAGGUGGGAUGUGAAGGAAAGUUCCCCAUGCACAGUGUCCUGUGGUGGUGGGGUGGCACUAAGAACUCUACAUUGUGUUCAGAAGCAACAAGGCAUUGAGAUCAUUCUACCUGAUGCCAACUGCAACCACUCAACCCGUCCGGAAGCAUUUGUUGCCUGUGGUUUUGAUUCCUGUCCUGCCAGAUGGAAAGUGUCGGAGGCUGGUCUCUGCCCGGUGGUAUGUGGUUCAGGUCUGACCACAAGAAAUGUCUCCUGUAUUCAGUUUCAAGCUGGACUGGAAGUUGUGGUGGAGGAAUCUAAGUGCUUGGGUCAAGAAAGGCCAAUGACCCAGGUGCAAUGUGUGGUCAGCGUGUGUCCUGUCGGCUGGGACAUGCAAAUUUACUUCCCGUUAAGUGAAGAUUCCUCUCGUGAACAAACAAUUACCGAGAAAAAUAUGGAAGUCUACGUGUGGAGUCCUCGGGUUGGACCAUGCUCAACAAGUUGUGGAACAGGGAUAUCAGAGCUCAGCUACAUCUGCGUGGAUUUCCACACCAAGACAGAAACCGUGCUGGAAAACUGCAACCAAACUCUGAAGCCAGACACAAGGAGAAAUGUCUGUAACCUAGGAACCUGUCCACCUGUGUGGGAGUUGAGGGAGCUUGGUCCAUGUCCUGUGACCUGUGGAGGAGCGACCAUUCCACUCGCUGUGAUCUGUGUAAGGAAAGAUGGGAAUAUCUCCUAUCCCCUUCCUCAUUCCAAGUGCAGCAAAAUCCCCCGCCCGCACACCGGCAAACCUUGUGGGAUGGAACCCUGCCCAGUCCGGUGGCGCUAUAAAACAGGAUCUUGCAGUGUGAGCUGCGGUGGGGGCAUCUUGCAGAGAGUCCUGUACUGUGCCAAGUAUCCCCAGGAAGAAGAGAGUGAGGAGCAGAUUGUGUCAGAUCUAGAAUGUCAGCACUUGCCUCAUCCACAAGGACAGGAACCUUGCAACCAGCAGCCCUGUCCCCCAAGGUGGAAGGUGGCAGAGGCAACCCCGUGUUCAGCAGCCUGCGGAUAUGGCAUCUCUAAGCAGAGAGUCGUGUGCGUGCAGACAAAAGAUGGGGAAGAGAAGGAGAUGGACCUGGGUUCUUGUGCCCAACAAGAGAAGCCACCAUCGCUCAUCCCUUGCAUUAUUAAUUGCUUCUACUCUUGGGAAGUCAGUGCCUGGAGUCAGUGCUCAGUCACCUGUGGGAAUGGCAUCCAAAGCCGCCAAGAUAUUUGCUCCAAUCUAAAAACCCGACAACCGGUGAGCCCAGCGUUCUGUAGGAAUGCCCCUAAACCGAUCACUGUGCGUGGGUGCUCAGCCCAAUCCUGUGGACCAGAUGUGACUACUCUGCCACCGGCCUUGGCAAGUACAAGUCUGGUCACACAGCUGCCACCAAGGGACACCAUCUUGAGGCCACAGUGGAGGUCAGCUGCAAUCCCUGGGGAACACAACAUUGAGCAAAAUCGUCAUGGAGAACUAGGGAAAGACAACGAUGAUGAAGAAGAUGGUAUCUGUGGACAGCUGUUCCUCAACUCUACAGGAGUACUGAGUACUACCGGGCUCAAAGAAAGAGAUUGCAUGUUCACCAUCGGGCGUCCCCUGGGAGAGGUGAUUCUAGUCAGAGUGUUGUCCAGCACUCUCAACUGUACUGCUGGGGAGCUGCUGCUGUUUUUCGGGCGGGUAAUGUGGCGUAAGACGUGCGCACGCCUCGCUGGGGUGACUCUGAUGUCUCGGUCAAACACUCUGUCUGUGAGACAGCGACAGACUCAAGACGGUAAUGGAGUGGUACUGGAGUAUUGGAGCAAACCGGCUGCCCAAAACUACUCCCGAGAAUGUGAUAUCCAGCUUUAUGGAAUGAGCGGAGAAAUCCAGAAUCCCGUGCAGCCCUGGAUAGAGGGGGGAUCCCCGGCAUGUAGAGUGUUCAUUGAAGUGGCCCCCAAAUAUUACAUUGCUAUCCACGCUUUGUACAUGGACCUGGACACCGUGAGCAUCGAAACGCACCCCAGCUCUAUUCUGAUUCGGGACAUGAAAACACUGAAAUCCACAGGAUUCCACGGGAACCAUUUGUUCUACUGGGAGUCGACGGGGAGUCGGGCGGAAAUAGAAUUCCACGGAGAUUUCUCCAAAGACCGCGUCAGCUUCCGGGCGCAGUAUUGGGCGCGGGAACCACAGGGAAAGGGUCGUCAAUGACUCGCAAAGGCCGAGACAAAUAAAACACUUGGUGCAACAAUGUUUAACCCUGACCCUGUUUAUAUUCAGACCUGUCACAUAAAUGAAAUGCUUAAAUAAAUUAUUUAUCAUGUA